AUGGCCAUACGACGGCAGGUGCUGGCCUUCUUGCUGGUCCUCCUCCCUCAGCUGGGGAAACAGAGAGAAUCUUCAGGAGCAGGAGCAGUUUCAGGGAAAAUUGAGGAAGGAGAAAGGGAAGAAGAAACAUGUCAAAGGCCCCAGUGGGACACAAGACUCCAUCUGGCACCAGACCAGGAGAAGUACAGAAAGAAUGAAGAAGUGAAGCUGCGCUGCCCUGAAGGUUUACAGCCAUCCUACACCCACGUCAGAUGUUCAAGAGGAAAGCAGUCCAUCAACCAUGGGAAACCUUUAAACAGGGAAUUAUGGCUGGGAAGGGACAGCAGCGAUGCCUGGACCCAUAUUCAGUCCAGUGUGAAAUGUGUGGAGGUCUUCCAGGUUGUCCCUGGGACCCUGGUGGUUUCCAGCACCAGCAUCAAACUGAACUGGACCUGCAGCAUCCCUGAUGCCUGCCAGCACAUGCAGGCUACAUGCCAGCUGGCAGGGCCUUCCUCUGCUCCCUGUAAGGCUGAGAAGGUCACGGAACAGGAGAUACUACAUGGUCAGAAGGGAACAUUCGCCUGUCCUCCUUUGCAGCCCUUCACUGUUUACAGCAUCACAAUCUCAGUGCCACCCAGCACAAUACUGUUCACACAGCACCUUAGGACAAAAACAAUGGUGCCACAGAAGCCAGAGCAGCUGCAGCUGGAUGCCAGCACAGGGACUCUCAGGUGGAAGGCGCUGCCCCCCUGUCGAGGGGAGAUCAUUGGGUACCAGCUGAACUUCACUGCCAGGAGAGCACACGAUGGCACCUUCCUGAACUUCCAGCAGGUAAUAGUGAACCACUCUGUCACCCAGUACACUCCGCCUCCCCAGAGCCCAGGCAGCAAAUACACAGUGACGGUCCAGGGCCUGACGGCAGCUGGUGCUGGAGAUGCAUCCAGCCUGGAGUUCCAAGCCUACAUCUCAGGUAACGGCUUCUGUGUCAUGCGUCUGCCUGGUGCAGUCAUGGGGCAAGCCUGA